AUGACACAAAGCUUUCUUUCAAUGCCAAAUUUUUCAAAAACUUACUUGUAUAUUACUCCUAAAAAUUUAUACCAAGAAUUUUGUAACGCUUUUGCGUUUUUUAAAAUGGUAAAAGCCUGUAAUCCAAAUAUGAAUCGGCAAGAUUCAAUAGAUGCAGCAAAUACAGAAUGGCGACUAUGUCGAACCGAAUCUGAAACAACUAUUAGAGACCAAAUAAAACAGUAUCUUGCAGCAAGUCCGCCUAUUAUGCGAACGGCAAACUUUUUUCUACCACCUGGUUCAUAUAGUUCUAACUUAUCAAAUUCUUUAAAUACAAACUCAAUCUCAAAUUCUGCAAUUUCUUCAUUGCCUUCGACUAAUGAAGGACAUAUUCUUGCUCCUAAUGCGUCAUCCCAACGUCAGGCUUUAACCCUAAUUAAAGAAGCUGAAACUAAAGUAAAUGAAUACGAAAAUCUAUUGUUAAAUGCUAAUGACAUAGAUCUUAGGCGUCAGAUAUAUGAGAAGUUAAGGGAUAGUCGUGUUGUUAUUGAAAAGGAAAAAAAACAUCUUGGUUUAUUAAAAAGCCAUGCUAAGUCUCAAUCAAAACUUCGAGAAAAAAAAAGAAAACAACUUAACGAAGGCAUUGUCGUAAUGUAUGAUUCUAGUGG